GCUGCCUCCGACCAUCCGGAAGUUUUAGAUAGCUUGAUUCAUCUACAGGAUACAUUGAUGACAGGAGAAAUGGAGAUGGGGUUAAAUAUGCAGACACCUAAAUGGGAUCCCUGCUUCUGCGGGGACUGGGAAAAGCCUACUCCUCAGUGUCUCUUAAGGAUUAAAAGGGACAUUAUGUCAAUUUACAGUGAGCCCCCUCCAGGAAUGUGUAUUGUUCCUGAUAAAGAUGACAUGACAAAGAUCCAUGCCUUAAUUACUGGGCCUUUCGAUACUCCAUACGAAGGGGGAUUUUUCUACUUCCUUAUAAGAUGUCCACCAGAUUAUCCAAUCAGACCUCCCAGAGUAAAGUUGUUAACCACUGGAGGAGGCUCUGUGCGUUUCAAUCCAAACAUCUACAAAACGGGAAAAAUCUGCCUCAGCAUUUUAGGCACAUGGUCUGGUCCAGCUUGGAGUCCAGCACAGAGUUUAUCCAGCGUUCUUGUUUCUGUACAGUCACUUCUUAAUGAAAACCCCUACCAUAAUGAACCAGGCUUCAAAAGGGAACGGAAUCCAGGUGACGCAAAGCGAUACAAUGAUAUUAUUCGUCAUGAGACGCUUCGUGUGGCUGUGUGUGAUAUGAUGGAAGGGAACCCACAGUGCCCAGAAGAUUUAAGGGAGGUAAUGGUCAAGUCUUUUCCAUCAUACUACGAUUAUUAUACUUCUGUCUGUGAGAGGAACAGUCAUCAAAGCCAGUGUCCAAUGCAGGAUCCUUUUGGUGAAAAGCGUGGUCAUUUUGAUUACCAGUUAAUACGACAACGCCUGGAGCGUCUCAAAGCUACAGUGAAGCAGGAAGAGUCUUCCUCAGAUGAAGAAUUGUCAGAUUCUGGCAGCUCGGAGAAUAGUUGACAGCAAUCAGGCAGAACAGAUGGCACAAACAUUCUAUCAAAGGCGGGUGGCAAUAUGUUUUAGGUGGUGGACAAGGUUGUCACACCAAUCCUGCUGGAGCAUUCCUCUGAAGCCCCCUGAAGGGCACAACCCUGGCUGGAAACAGCCAUCAGUGCUAACAUAACAGACGGUGCGCCCAUUCCCUGCUAGUGUAUAGUCAGAAACCCUGUUUAUCAUCAGAUACACGAAUGAUACAAUCUCUGCGCCAGUUUUCUCUGGUAAUUCUUGUUAUCACUGGUGUUUCAGUGAAUGAUAAUUUCUUUAGCGAAAGAUCUGAUUGUUACCUUGCUGAAUCAUGUAGAUUGGAGAAUCUGAUCAUAAUGCUUUGUUUGUUUGUUGUUGUUGUUCUUGUUUGUACUAAUAAAUCAAGUCACUAGUCAAGUAUACCAACACACAUGGCACUGGUUAUUGAUACACAUUGUGAAAUUAGGAAUUCAGGUUGUUUUUUUUGUUCAUAAAAAUGGCAGCAUUUCUGAGUGAAAUAGUAUUGCCAGAAUUUAUAACAUUACAAAAUUAUGGCUUCAUAUUUUUACAAAAACUGCUUAUCACCCAUUCCUGGUUUACUACAUAUAUUUUCAACAGUUCCAUUGAUUAAGUUUAGAAAUCUGUUGCAGAUUUGCCAGCUUUUUCACGAUGAUCAAAUAGAAACUCAACUUGCACAAGCAGUGGGGAAAAAUGUGUCUCUAAGCUCCAAGCAGCAAUGUGACAGUUUGGCUACUUACCAUGCAGUAGUGCCUGAGUAUUCACUGAGUAUUCACUGAGUAUUGACUGUAGCAGUAUGACUACUAUUUGUUUGAGGCAAUAGGAUUAUUUAACCAAAUCCAGUGGCUUAACUCUCUGCCAGAUUUUAGAAACACUGCAUUGCUGAGUUAGCGAAAAAAUGUAUAAAUUCAGUGAAGUAGGCAGUAUCGAAAAUUAAUAUUUUCAGACAAUAGUUAUGCAGCUUUAUUGGAAUAUUAUCUUUGUCAGUAAUAUCCUAAAAUCUACUGGACAAGGCUCAGUAAAACUUCAGACAUCUCAUGGGUUAACUGGCUGUCCCCUGAUUAUGGUAAUCACAACUGAUUUCUUAUUUUUCACAAUGAUAAAUUUAAACUGGCCAGAAUGCUUUGCAAGGGAACAGAGCUAAAAUUAUGACAGGUAAUUUUGCAUUUUUAGGACAGUUUAUGUUAAGAAUUAUAACGUUUUGUCCAGGAUGCUAUGACUGUCUGAUAUCUUUGCUCUUAGCUGUUAUGCUCUUUCUGUUCUUGUGCGAGUAGCAUGAGUUCUCUGGGAUGGGCAUUU